AUGGGUGUUAAUGUGAUGUGCCACCAGUCAGACAUGGCCAUCAUUGAAGGCCCUGAUCCAGGGCUGUCCAUUAAGGCAGCCAUACUGAUUCAGCGCUGGUAUCGGCGGCAUGUUGCACGUAUGGAGAUGAAACGACGCUACACAUGGAGUAUCUUUCAGUCUAUUGAGUAUGCUGGAGAGCAAGACCAACUACGGCUGUCACACUUCUUUACCUUUUUGAUGGAUUACUAUGCCAAUCAUUGUGCACAGCUCAAAUUGUGUAACAGUACAGAGUCUGACCAAGUGCUGGGAGAUUUAAAUGCCAAAGUUCCCAGUUACUACUCAGGACCACGACUUUCUUUUCCUCUUACAGCUUUUGAUGCCACUGUAUUGCUUAAAGCAUUCAAGCAACGGAAACAGCUUCACAGUUGGUAUGUGCUACAGCUCCUGCAAGAAACCAAGAAAAUUGUGAAACAAAUGCCAAACAUUACACAUCUUUCAACCCGUUACUCCAAGGAUAUAACAGUUUGUGGAGAUUUACAUGGGAAGCUGGAUGACCUGUUGCUAAUAUUCUACAAGAAUGGCCUUCCUAUGCCAGAGAAACCUUACGUGUUUAAUGGGGACUUUGUUGACAGAGGGGAAAAUUCCAUGGAGGUUAUAAUUAUCCUGUUUGCAUUUCUCCUAAUCUUUCCAAAUGAUGUCCAUUUAAACAGAGGAAAUCACGAGGAUUAUGUUAUGAAUAUAAGAUAUGGUUUUAAAAAAGAAGUUUUGAGAAAGUACAAGACACAAGGGAAAAGGAUACUUCAGCUUGUCCAUGAUGUGUUCAAAUGGCUGCCGUUAGCAACAAUCAUCGACUCUAAGGUACUGGUGGUUCAUGGUGGGAUCUCAGACACAACUGACCUGGAUUUCCUGGCUUCAAUAGAAAGACAAAGGUUUAAAUCUCUACUCAGGGUGCAGAGAAGUCCAGAAAAGUGUGAAGAAGCAUUCCAGAGGGAACUCUGUUCGGACCAAAAUCCUUCAAAGGUGCUAGAUCGUGAACUGCUGUUCAACAACCAAGGCUACCAAAGGCUUGGAUCAUCACCAUCUUCCUCAUCUUCCUCGAUGUCAACUUAUACUAAACAUCAUGGUGAUCAGCAUCACUUGAGUGAAGGCAUCAUGUCCCCAAGCAAUUCAAAGCACCAACAAGAUCAGAUGCUGGAUGGUAUCAAGCAUGAGAUGACUCAGAACAAUGCAUACAAUGCCACCCAAAUUGUACACAUGUCCUACCUGAACUGUGAAAUGGAAUUUCCUAAAGUUCCACUAAGAGAAGAGCUGGAGUGGAAGCAGCUUGCAGAUAUUCUUUGGAGUGACCCUAGAAAUCAAGCUGGCUGCACCCCCAACACUGUCCGUGGGGGAGGCUGUUACUUCGGUGAAGAUGUCACAGACAGGAUGCUCAAAAAGUACAAUUUAAAGCUAAUCAUAAGAUCACAUGAGUGCAAACAGGAUGGCUAUGAAGUGUGCCACAAUGGAAAGGUUAUCACCAUAUUUUCUGCCUCUAAUUACUAUGAAGAGGGCAGCAAUCAGGGAGCUUAUGUCAAACUUGGUCCUGAUUUGAUUCCUCACUUUGUCAAAUAUCGAGUUAGUAAAUCUACAAGGAAGCUGACUCUUAAAGAAAGAGUGAGUGCGGUUGAAGAAUCUGCCCUGAAGUCCUUGCGUGAAAAGCUGUUUGCACAUAAAUCUGAAGUUAUUGCAGCUUUCAGACAGUACGAUCCGGACCAUACAGGGAAGAUUUCACUCAGUCAGUGGGCCUUGGCUGUGAAUUCUGUGCUCCAUUUAAACCUGCCUUGGAGGACCAUACGGCCUCGACUGGUGCGGACCAAUGCUGAUGGCAGUGUGGAUUACCUCUCAACUUUUGAAUACCUUCAGAUUGAGCAGCCUAUGAAAGAGGUUCAACCAAACUUGAUUGAAGCCAUGUACAGGCAUCGUGCAGACCUGGAAAUCAUCUUUGGAAUAAUUGAUAAGGAUCACUCAGGAUUGAUCUCCAUGGAGGAAUUCCGGCAGACCUGGAAACUCUUCAGUUCCCAUCUGCACAUCCAUCUGGAUGACCAGUCUGUGGAUGACCUGGCCCGGAGUAUUGACAUCAACAAUGAUGGCAGCAUAGACUUCAAUGAAUUUCUGGAGGCUUUCCGCUUGGUGCAGAAGGGCAGCAAGUAAAACUGUAAACAGUGACUGUAAAUACUGUGGAAGAACAUUGGCCUGAAAAAGCAGCGUUUGCCCAACUUCAGAUUUAAC